AUGACAUGGGUUGCACCAACUCAGAGACAGUUGGCUAGCUUAAAGUAACAUCCUCGAUGGGUUGAAAUAUUCAGAAACCACAAUCCCUUCUUUUGCUCGACUCCGUUCACUUUUGCCACCCAAUUUUAUCUCAUUCAUUUCUGCAGAACGCACAAGGAGAGAGAGAAGAUAGCUUGCUCCGUUUACAGCCUCACGAUUGCAACAAAGUUUUGUAUAAAAGAAGACUUAAAUUUCGCUGGUUCCUCCUUUGUCUGAGGAUCUUGGAGAGGAGGAGGAAACAACAAACAAACAAACAAACAAAACCCAGAAAAGAAAGAAAGGAAAAAAAGAAAGAAAGAAAAGAAUGUCUUUCACAGGAACAACUGACAAAUGCAAUGUUUGCGAUAAGACAGUCUAUGUGAUGGACAUGUUGUCCAUUGAAGGAAUGCCUUACCACAAGUCUUGCUUCAAAUGCACCCAUUGCAAGGGCACCCUUGUGAUGAGCAACUAUUCCUCAAUGGAUGGAGUCUUGUACUGCAAGACUCACUUUGAGCAACUCUUCAAGGAAUCUGGCAACUUCAGCAAAAAUUUCCAACCAGGAAAAACUGAGAGGCCCGAGCAGCCUAGGACUCCAAGCAAGAUAUCUUCAAUCUUCUGUGGAACACAAGACAAGUGUGCUGCUUGUGAUAAGACUGUUUACCCUCUUGAAAAGGUGCAAAUGGAAGGAGAAUGCUUCCACAAGACAUGUUUCAAGUGCGCUCACGGUGGCUGCAUGCUGACUCAUUCCUCGUACGCUUCCCUGGACGGCGUUCUCUAUUGCCGGCAUCACUUUAACCAACUAUUCCUGGAGAAAGGCAACUACGCCCACGUCCUCAAAUCCGCCAACCACCGUCGCACGGCCUCAGGUAACACUCUUCCUCCGGAGACCACUGAGGAGGUCGCCGCCGUCGAAGCCAAGGAAGAGAACGGCGAUUCACAGUCUUGAGAAAAAAACAUGCAUGGUCCUUUAAUUUGAGUUUGUGUGAGUGCAUUAUUAAGUUGAUGAAUUUGACGACGAAAGAUUUGAUUUGAUUUGUAAUGAGUUGUUUCCAUAUGAAGACAUUUAUUUGAUAUUUUUGUUUUCGUUAUUUAUACCAUAAAUUUACACACAAAGAAAG